CAGAACUAGUCUUGCACAGCUAAUUUAAGACUCGUUACCUCAACAAUGUAGACGUGAUCAGAAUAUAUGUACGCACACACAAGCAUCCUACACUCAAUUCGCCACCGGCGGAGGAGGAGGAGAUAUGACGACGAGCAGGGAGAAGAGGUGGAGCCUGGCCGGCGCGACGGCGCUCGUCACCGGCGGCAGCAAAGGAAUAGGGCGUGCCAUCGUGGAGGAGCUUGCCGGCUUCGGGGCGCGGGUGCACACGUGCUCCCGCAACGCGGCGGAGCUGGAAGAGUGCCGCCGGCAGUGGGAGGAGGAGAAGCUGGCGGUCACCGUCUCCGUGUGCGAUGUCUCUGUGCGUGCUGAGAGGGUGAAGCUCAUGGAGACGGCCAGGGAGUCCUUCGACGGCAAGCUGGACAUACUGGUGAACAAUGCGGGGCAAUUGGUUUUGAAAGCGGCUACAGAGUGGACGGCGGACGACUAUGCACAAUUGAUGGAGACUAACUUAGAGUCUAGCUUCCACCUUAGUCAGCUCGCGCAUCCUCUACUCAUCAACGCCUCUAUACUUGGAGGAGGUAGCAUCGUCAAUAUCUCCUCUGUUGGAGGUAUAUUUGGCUACCCAGGCCUCGCACUUUAUGGCAUCACAAAAGGGGGAAUGAACCAAUUUACAAGGAGCCUCGCCACUGAGUGGGCUAGAGACAAUAUUCGUGUGAACUCCGUUGCCCCAGGCAUUGUGUCGACAGACAUGAUCAAAGAUGUAGAGCCGGAUGCACUCGAGCAAGCAUGCUCGCGGAUCCCGAUGGGGCGGAGCGGCAAGCCAACGGAGGUCGCUUCUGUGGUGUCCUUCCUCUGUAUGCCCACGGCGUCCUAUAUCACCGGCCAGGUUAUUUGUAUCGACGGCGGUCGAACCAUUUAUUAGAGUCUAGCUGCUAGUGCUACUACUCCGAUUGGGAAAAAUAAAUUAAUUAAUCAGGAUAUACCUACAUCACGUUUGUUGAUGUUUGGUUUCAUUACAAAUAUAGGAGUAUGUUGUUCUAUAACCAUGUAUGGAUUAA